CUUUGUGUUUUUUGACGCACAAAGCGCGAUGAAAUGUAUGCCGUAUGCCUUUUGUUUUCUAGUAGCCUGGGUGGGCUCGGCCGUACGUCCCAUGUGUGUGGGUUCCCCUGGGCAUUAUUGCUAGAAUGGAAAUCCUGUUCACCAUAUCCAUUUUCCCUUGGAAGCUCCCUCCUUUUCAGCCCAAGAGGCCACCUCUACCACUCCUCCCAUUCCCUUCUUCUUAGCUUCUCUUCUUCUCUUUGCCUUCCUUCCUUUACUACUAAUGGAUUUGGUUCCUCCCACCGAGCACGUAUGCUACGUUCGUUGCACCUACUGCAACACCGUUCUUGCGGUUGGGGUGCCAUGUAAAUGGCUUAUGGACACGGUGACUGUGAAAUGUGGCCAUUGCAACCAUCUCUCCUUCCUUAGCCCCAGACCCAUGAUGCAAACCUUUUGCCCCACUGACCACCAGAUGGCAUUUCAGGGUCCCUGCAAUGACUGUUGGAGGGGUCAGCCUUCAUCGCCAUCUUCAUCGACGUCAAGCGAAAAAAUGAUCCCCAAAGCAUCAUUUGUCGUGAAACCUCCAGAGAAGAAACACCGACUUCCAUCAGCUUACAAUCGCUUCAUGAAGGAGGAAAUACAGCGUAUCAAAGCUGCCAAACCUGACAUUCCUCAUCGAGAAGCAUUUAGCAUGGCUGCAAAGAAUUGGGCUAAGUGUGAUCCACGCUGCUCGACAACUGUUUCAGCUUCUGAUGGAGCAGCAGGAACAGUUAUCUUUCCACAUAGUUUAUCCUUUUGAGUUGAAUGGUGCAGGAAGGAGAAAAUGGCCUUACAGUGGAAAGAUUUGAUGCUUUCAAGCAAUUGGAGCGCAAAGACUAGGUUUACUGAUCAGCUCUUUAGAUUACCUAAUCAACACAUCAACCCUUUUGUCUUUCUUGAUGAUGUGUUUUAUGGUGUAUGCUUUUUGAUGGAUACAUUCUUCCCUAUGUGGUAUGGAACUGUAGUAGUAUGUAGUAAUUGAUGUUAUGUUUGGUGCUAUUUGGAUGUUUACUCA